AUGGCCGCACCCCAAAUCGUGGAGCUUCGCGACGACAAUUCUACAGUGUUGUACCCCAACACGGAAUGGAAUUCAUAUAACUCGAGCGAUCCUAAGUCGAUUCCUCUUACAACCUUUGUCAACGUUGACGCAAAACUUGUCGGCGUGAAUUUGACCACGAAUGCUGUUGAUAAACUCUACUACCUGGACGAUACACAAGCCAUCGACCGUGGACUUGAUGAUGUCCGCUUUAGCGCUUCGGGAGAGAUCGCAUAUCUUAGCGACAUAGCAGGUGCUCUCAUUGUACUCAACUUGACAACAGGGCAUAAUGUCCGUGUUCUGACAAAUUCCACCACGGCUGAAGCCUUAUUUCCGAUUAUGUACAAUGGUACACUGGUUCCUGGUAGCGUUGGCCCAGGAAGUGUGUCGACAGCUGGUCUAGAUCAAAUUGAGGUCUCCCCCGAUGGCACUUAUCUAUACUACCAACCCUGUAAUGGUGGUAUGCACCGUAUCAAGACAUCCUAUGUCGACUCUGUCUUAACCAAUGCUACCAUGGCUGCAACUCUUGGAGCCUAUGCCGAGCCUUUUGCCCUGACACCUUCCACUGGGGGUACUACUAUCGACGCUGAUGGAAAUAUUUACGCUAGCGAUACCAACAUGCUUGCCAUUUGGAAGAUAACCCCAUCUGGCCACUGCAGUAUCCUCUUUCAUAGCGACAAGCUUCUCUGGACCGAUCUCAUGUGGAUUACAGCCGAUAAGAAGCUCUGGCUGCCGGCUUUUCAGAUGCGCCCUGGCGGUGACGGUCUUAUGGCCACGGGCCCCAACUAUAUUUUUACCUAUUCAAUUAAUGCAGGGCCCUCGCCUAUUGAUCAUGUAGAGCUCGUCGGCAAUCCACGGCUUGUGGUGUGUACUUAA